AUGGAUGAGUCGGAGACCAAUCGAUGCUUCACUUGCAACAAGGUCGGCACCGUUGCAGUUCCACUUCGGCGCUGUAGCCGCUGCCAUCUUACACGCUACUGCGGACGUGACUGUCAACAGACGGACUGGUUUCGGCAUAAACGAAGCUGCCCUCGUCCUCUUCCAGAACCUUCUGGGCCCCAGAGACUAGAUCUCGACCUCCAUCUUUUCGGACGAUCCACUGGCACGCGAUGGCUCUACGACAGGACAGAAACCAUGACAUACAAGCUCCUCACUGAUUCUUACCGGAUGAACGUUUGGUUUCACAGCGAAAGUUCCCGAGUCGAAGGCCCCCUGCCAUGCGGCGAAGAGAAGUUCAGGGAAUUCUUGCUACGAGCUAGGGAGCAUCCCAGCCAACCGUUGCCCCCGUGGUGGACAUCUGAAGAAGCUGAACGUUGUGUCGAAUUCGCAAAGCCUAGCUUAGACCUCGGAACGGAGGGGUUUGGACCUGAGAUUACGACGGUAAAGGUCUGGGCGGAAAUGUCGAUUUUUGUGGCACUGGUGGGCUGGAAAUGA